ACAGGUAGAGCCCGCCCCCAGCCGCCCAGGACUCCUGUUAUAGCCGCUGCUCGCCAGGGCCCGGAAGCUGCCCCUCUCGGGGGUCAUGAUGGGCAGCAAGAUGGCGUCUGCCAGCAGGGUCGUUCAGGUAGUCAAGCCACAUACUCCAUUAAUAAGGUUCCCUGACAGAAGAGACAAUCCUAAACCCAAUGUGUCAGAAGUUCUGAGAUCAGCAGGACUACCGUCUCACUCUUCUUCAAGUUCACAGCAUUCUAAGGGAAGUAAAUCGCCAGACUGGCUGAUGCAUCCGGGUCCACCAGACACUGCAGAGUUAAUAAAAACUUUACCUCAGAAGUACAGAAGGAAACUUGUAUCUCAAGAAGAAAUUGAAUUUAUCCAACGUGGAGGUCCAGAAUAAUCACUGACAAUGUGGCUGCUGUUUGUUUAAUCAGACAAAGAAGAGUCUUUACAAUGAAGGACUUCCAGAAUGACAAAUGAGAAAUUGUACAUUAAACAACUUUAAUAAAAUUUCUGUUAAAAAAAAAAAAAAAGAAGUAUAGAAAAUUUAGGACACUUGUAUCUCCUAAUUUAUGUAUCUUGGUCAGCUUCUCCAGAAGCUUACCUGAUUGUUUAUAUACUUUAUACUUAUUAAAGUAUACAUUUUUAAAUGUUAGCCUAUUAAUUUACUCAGAUAAUAAAAUUAUCAAGCAUUACAGUGUUGAACUAUUAAAAGUACACAAUGUCUAGUGAACAAUCAUAGGUUUACCAUAAUUUCACUUCUCUUUCAGUUUCUGUUUAAACAUGGAAAGAAUAUAUCCGGCAGAAUUGCAGCUUUCUGGAAGUAAUUUUCCUGGAAUUGGAUAAGGAUCAGUGAAAUAAUGACUCCAUUAUUUGUUCUUAAUUCUCUCAGUGUUUUUGCAUUCACAAAGUUACUGGAGAAUAACUGGCUCAAUAAGCAUAUCGUACUCUAAAUAAUAAAAAUACAGCCAUGGUAAAACAGAUGCCUUUGUGGUAUUAAGACUAGGGAGUUAACACAAAAGAUUAUGUAACCUGUGUUCAGAAAAAAAUGUCAGAGUAUCAAAUGGAAAAUAAGAGAUCAAAAUGAAUAUAGCAUAGGAAUAACAUUUGACCAGAAAUUUUAAGUUAUUAUGUUUUUAGGGGUGUUAAGAAAGUCUUAUUCUUUGGUUUAUUUUACUGUUUUGAUUGUGAUCAUGUGUACAAAUCCUGACAGUCAUAAACCUUCUCAAACUUCAUUGUCCGAAAGCCUCAUAAAAUCAACCUAUUCACCUUAUUAAGGCAAUUUACAGAAUUUUAAUAGGCUCUUCCUGUGCCAAGGGUAUGUAUGAUUGUGAAAGUAAAGCCUCACAAAGUGAAAUAAAUUCUCUUCUAUACCUUUAAUGAUUUCUAGAAUAUGCGUUAAAGAAGUCAUCCCUAAUAGUAAGGGUAACUCAUGAGUAAUAGACACAGUAGAAUUGUUGAGUACGUUUUUGUAUUUGCCCAGUUGCGUAUGGAUUAAUCUUUAUAUUUUUUUUCUUUUUUACUAUUUCAGAGUUGAUCUGCUUUUCGUGUAAAUUCUGUAUUGUGGCCUAGUAUAAAUGUUGCCCAACUUGAAUGUGAAAUAGGAGUUUGGUGCUAGCAAUGAGCUAUUCUGGUAACUUAUGAGAAAUACAUGACUCAUGAUUUCUUUUUUAUUAUUUCAAAAA